AGCUCAAAAACUUAAUUCUAUCUGUAAAACUCAAAAGCAAAGCUUUAUCUUUCCAAAACCCCAAAAAGAAUCUUUCUUUUUUGUUCUGAAAAUCCCUAAAGCUAUCUUUGUUUGCCUAAAUGGAAGACGACAGGGAUGGAUUUAGUCCAUUUUGGGCACAAGGAGACACCGGUCUCCGCCGCAGCGAUCGCGUCCGCCGCCGUGUCGAGUCCUCCUUUUUCAGCUCCGGCAUCCUCGUCUUCCUCCUUCUUCUCUGUGCAAUUCUUUUCCUACUCUUCAUUGUUCAGCAUUCGAGUGGCUCUGUGUUUAGGCCGAGCGAUGUGAAGAAGAGUUGGGACUCUCUGAAUAUUCUUCUGGUUUUUCUGGCGAUUGUGUUUGGACUACUGGGCAAGAACAAGAACGAGUUGCAGAAAUCGAAUCCCUCAACGCCGAAUUGGUACGGUUAUAGGGACGAUGGAGAAGCUCGGAGAUCGGAUCCGCAGCGGGGUGUUCAACAGUGGGCUGAGACCUCCAAUCGGAGUUCAUUUGGUGCCGGCGGCGGAGCUUCUGGUGGUUUGCGGCGGACUUUCGGAUCUCACCCUGAUCUCUAUGAAAUGUCGCCGCGGUGGGUCUCCGCCGAUGAUCAGUGGCGGUUUGUUGAUGAUACCUUUGUCAAUGCCUCCAGAUUUUAUGAUUCCCCCCACCUUUAUCGGCGCCGGAGCUGGAAGGAUGUUGACCGGAUUCAGGAGCCAGGCAUGGGUGAGCUGUCGAUUAAAGAAGAGAAAAAAGAUCCAGCACCGCCGCCUCCCUCUCCGCCUCCUCGGCCCCCGCAGCAGGCUCCGGUAGAGGAGCCAACAUUCAAGGAUGUUGGGAAGGAUAGGGAUUAUGAUUUCGAUUCAAACAACCCCACGAGGCCACCGGCGUCAUCUCCUCCACCACCGCCGCCGCCGCCUCCGCCGCCGCAAUACGGGGAGCCAAAUAGCAGCAAAAGUGGCCGGAAGAGAGGCGGUUCAAGUGCGACUAAAGAGUUUAUUUUGAAUUCUUUGUCUCAUAAGAGGAAAAGAAAGUACAGAUCGAAGAGCGUGGAAGACUUGGAUGCUCUGAUUCAUACAUCCCAAUCUCCUCCGCUACAUUCUCAGCUGCCUUCGCCGCCUAAACCGCCGGCGCCGUCUGUUUUCCAUAACUUGUUUAAUUCCAAGAAAUCCAAACGAAAGAAAGAUGUCCGACCUACUCCGACACAACGCAUCCCGCAUCCGCCUCCGCCUCCGCCGCCACCACCACCAGCGAGACCUCCGCCGCCCCGUGCAUCAAGAAACCCAACAGUCAGCAAACAUAGAGCGGCACCGGGGGGAGACAAGGAGAAAAUCGUCUUGAUCGUGGAGGAUAAACCGAACAUCGGAGGAGUUUCACCACUGAUUCCGAUACCGCCACCUCCGCCGCCGCCGCCGUUCUCGACAAAGCCGGCCUGGAAGUUCGUCGUGAAAGGAGGCUACGCCCGAAUAGAUAGCUUUGUCAGUUCCCGCUCGGAUUCUCCGGAACCAGAGGAUUCUGAUGUCACCCCGACAGCAUCAGAAGCCGGCGGCGAGCGGAACCCGUUUCCGCCGUCCCCGUUGUUCUGUCCCAGCCCGGACGUGGACACAAAAGCUGAGAAUUUCAUCUCCAAGUUCAGAGCUGGGCUGAAGCUGGAGAAGAUGAAUUCCGUAAAAAUGCAAGGAUUUGUCGGCCCGUCCAAUCUCGGCCCAACUGCGGGAUCUAAUUAGAAAAAAAUUAGUAAUUUCAUUGGUUUGAUUUUUUUAAUCUUGAAAUUUUAUAGUACUUUUUUUUUUAAAAAAAUAAUGUUGUAAAAUCUAUAUUAUACUUUUUUCAUCUCAAAAUAAAAGAUACAAUUUGAUUUAGGAUGUUCAAUUGAAUUUGUUUUUAACUCUUUUUUAACAAUCUUUUAUUCAACUUAUUUUGAUAUUGAUUAAAAAAUUUAAGAAAUGACACGAUUAUAUUCUUUGGUCAAAUUAGACUAAUAUGGAGUAUAAGUAAACAUACUUUGUCACU